AUGGCGCCCAACCUAUUCCUCUGCUUGCGCACCGUCUUUUGCCCGACGUACUGGUUUCAGCGCGGGCAGCGCAUCCAAGGAUCAAUCAACAGAGAAGAACACUGGGACUCUCCAGUUCCUGGCAUCUACAAAUAUAUCCCCAGCCAAGGAUGGCACCUUGUCUCCCGAGACGGCAGCGACUACGAUGAGAAAGUCCCUGUUCCCGUCGUCUACUGCCGCAUCCUCCAUCAAUACCUUUUCGAGGACGAAGUCGCUGAACGAUGCCGCUGGUUCACCGUCGCUCCCGAAGAUGGAGACAGUCCGGAGAAGCUUCUGUUUUUCCGUCUUGAUGACGGAUACACCUAUGUUGCCGGGUGGGAUUCGAAGGGAAACUUCAUCCCCGGCCCUUACCAACGUUGGUACUUUGAGCCGGAGAGCAAGACAAUGCGAAAGGUCAUCUUCCCCCCGAGCUCAAACGUUUCCCGGGUCAGCAUCGUUCCGGACAAACUCAAUUGA